CACACACACACACACAUCCACUUCCGGACAUGACUGUGCCAGUCAAACCCUCUGUCCUGAGUUUUAUCAUGCAGCAUGCGCAGAUCUACCACCACUGACAACGGUAAAGGACUAAACUGCGCGACGCUCGCAAAACUUAAUUCAACUUUUAUUGCCAAGAGAGGUUUGUUCGCCGCUCUCACGGGAGGUUUUCACACUCUCUGCCCGGUUUGAAUGAGAAAGGCGAUCCCGUGGGACAAUCACGCGCCUUAACAAAAUGGAUAAAGAGACGGGACUCCGUCCUGUGAUUUUGGUUAUUGCUCUUGUGUUGGUCUGUGAGGGCCGUGUGGUGAAGGUCCCAGUUGGUCCUCUGGUACAUGUAGAUGGGCAUGCUGUCUCCAUUCGCUGUGAUGUGUCUGACUACCAGGGACCCCGAGAUCAGGAAUUUGAGUGGUAUUUCGUCCUUCCAGAGGAUAAACCACUCUUGAUCGUCUCCACCUUUGACAGUAAUCUCGUGGACCCGUCAGUGAGGGACCGGGUUAACAGUGGUGACAUCAGUUAUAAUAAACUGGGAGAUGCUGCUGUUGAACUCAAAUUCAAGAAGGUCAGAGCGACCGACAGUGGCCUGUAUCGCUGCAGUACCCCGAGCACUGAUUCAGUCGUCAGCGGGAACUACAAUGCUGAUGUUGAGCUCAAAGUGAUUGGGGACAGUCUGAAGGUGGCUCCAGUCAUUCCCAAGUCAAAGGUGUCUGAGGGAGAAUCAGUGGAACUCCAAUGCAACAUGACACGGGGCUUCACAGAGCACACCUUCCUCUCUGUUAUCUGGUCGAUCAGGAAAGGGAGCAGCCCGCUGGAGGAAAUCUUGACAUUUGGGCCGGAUAAUAAGAUCAAAGUAGGAGGCAACUACACUCAACGUUACACAGAUGGUGGACUUCAGUUGGACCUUCGUGGAGGUGGUUUUUAUGGAUUGGUCCUGAAGAGAGCAAAGCCAUCAGACCAAGGGGAGUAUGUGUGUACAGCCCAGGAGUGGGUGAGACAGGGUGAAGAAGGAAGAAACUGGCGUAAGAUUCUGGAGAAGUCUGAGGAAAUGGGAAAGGUUGUUGUUACACCCACAGAACUGCAAUUCAAGGUGACCCUUACAGCGUCUCUGAACCCUCAGUCCACCAGCGAGCCCACUGAACUGCGCUGUGAGGUGGUCGACCUCCUUCACCUCCAAGAUGGCCGCCUGGGCAUGACCUGGUCUUACUCCACAAACACACCUGGAGAUGUGUCUCAGAAGAAAACCACUAUAGCCUCUGUGAAUGAGCAAGGAGUUCUGAUUGCAAGCAGUGAGUACCAGCAGAGGCUGGAGAGUGGGGACAUAGCAGUGACCAGGAGAGAGUCUAAUGUCUUCGUUCUGCGAAUGCUUCAGACUCGAGAUGCAGACAUGGGCUCUUAUUUCUGUGCUGUAACAGCAUGGAAGCCCACUCAGCAAAGUGGAUGGGAAAAAUCAAAGGAGCUCCAGUCAGCACCUGUCACUGUUCAGUGGACACCAAAGAUACCAGUUUUGCAAGUUGUAGCCCAUCGUGUGAGAGAAGCCUUGACUGGUGGAUCCACAUUUGAGAUGAGCUGUGAGGUGACUGGACAGAACCUGAAGAAUCCUGGCUACUCUGUGCUCAUCCGCCUUGAGGAGACCUUGGGAGGAACGUCCCGUAAGGUGUUGUCUCUUAGCCAGGACUCAGUCUUGCAGCCCGAGGAGUGGAGCGAGCCGAGCCGCAUUGACAGCGUGGUUCUGGAGAAGACUGGGCAGCUCGAGUACCGCUUCCGUUUGUAUGGGGCCCAGGUCACAGAUCGGGGGUUUUAUUAUUGCGACGUCACGGCCUGGACACGGGAUCAGACCCAAGACUGGAUCAAAGCCAUCAGUGCAGUGUCCAACAAGACUGAGAUCGCUUUUGAACACACAGGUCCAGUAUUCAACAUAUCCAUUCAUUCAGAAGCAAACCAUGUGUUACCGGGGGACAAAGUUCACAUGAAGUGUGUCAUAUCCAUCCUGGAUGCUUCUCCUAACACUGGUUAUAUAACGUUUGAAGUGCGCUGGUUCCAGAAAACAGCCUGGGCUGUAGAUAACGGAGUCCAACCUCUCAUUAGUAUGGACCGCUGGGGAGUGGUAAAGAAAACCGGCUCCAAUGACACCAGUCUGGAGCGCAUCGACCAGAACACGUUUAUCCUCAGCUUGCACCAGAUUCAGGAUCGAGAUCUGGGAGAAUACUACUGCUCUGUCACACCCUGGAUCCUGUCCCCUGCUACUGGAGCCUGGAACAAAGAGAAGGACCUCACCUCCACUUCAUCAUUUCUAUCCAUCAGACUAGAAUUGUGGGAAUCUUUGAAGAUGCCGGUGGGAUAUGGUUUGAUUGCUGCAGUGAUCGCUGGUAUUCUCUCAGUGCUGCUGGGUCUUGCUGUCGCCCGCUGCUGUUUCUCCAGGAACCCCAUGCACGUACCCCGUCCCCGCACAAAUCUCAUGAACCUGGAGAUGGAUUAAACAAGUCCCCCUCUGCACCACUGUGAUCCUGCCCAAAUCUACUUCAACCGACUUGAUAUAUUAUGCUUUGGGACACAAUGUGGAUAUGCACAUUGCUUAACGAGAGAUGGAGAACCUGUUUAUAUGCACUCUGAGGAUUGAGCCACUCUAGUUGAGUGCUCCAUAUUCCUCCUUGGGAGCAAUACAAUUAUUAUUCUCAGGAAUAGAGCACUGAUGGCCCCAUCCAAAUAUUUUUAAUUUUUUUCCUCUACACAUACUGACUGGUGAUAGGAUGAGAGCACUAGGAAUUAAAUAUUUUCUUUAGUACAUACUUGAGGCUGCACAAUGGCCAAACCAGCAAUGGUACACUUUAUACAUUUGAUGAUAAU